AAGAUCCAGCUCUGAUCAGCAGCUCCACACCUCUGUACUCAGACUGCUCUGCUGGAGGAACACCAUCAGCUCACCUGCUGCAGAAUCAUCUGCAUUUAAAUCAAGACGCAUCCAAGGUAACUCUUAACCCCAAUAUUUGUGAAGGUCUUCCCCUGAUCCCAGUGUCAGUGUUCCUAACUGGAAGAGGUUUUCAGUAGAUUUCCCAAAGAAAUGAAGCUGCUGAACAAAAAGGAGAACAUGGCAUCCACAGAAAUCUCCAAUAUUCAGCAAACAUCCUCUCCAUCACCCGAGAAGCUAAGGCAGAAAAGUACAGGCAAGGAGAAACCUCACCACUGCUCAGACUGUGGGAAGAGUUUUACUCAAAAGACUCAUCUCCAAGCACACCAGCGCAUUCACACUGGAGAGAAACCAUUUCACUGCUCAGACUGUGGGAUGAAGUUUAGUCACCAGUAUAAUCUCCAGCGACACCAACGUAUUCACACUAGAGAGAAACAGUUUCACUGCUCAGACAGUGGGAAGAGUUUUAAUAAUCCGAUUAGUCGUCAAAGACACAGACACAUUCACACUGUAAAUAAACCAUUUCACUGUGCAGUGUGUGGGAAGACUUUUUAUCAAAAGAGUCAUCUUAAACAACACCAGCACGUUCACACUGGAGAGAAACCAUAUCACUGCUCAGAGUGUGGUAAGACCUUUUAUCACGAGAGUUAUCUUAAACAACACCAGCGCAUUCACACUGGAGAGAAACCAUAUCACUGCUCAGAGUGUGGAAAGACUUUUUAUAAAAAGAGUUCUCUUAAACAACACCAGCGCAUUCACACUGGAGAGAAACCCUAUCACUGCACAGUGUGUGGGAAGAAAUUUUAUCAAAUGAGUCAUCUCAAAAAACAUCAGUUCAUUCACACUGGAGAAAAACCCUAUCACUGCUCAGAAUGUGGGUUAAAUUUUUGUCAACAAAGUGAUCUCCGAAGACACCAACGCAUUCACACUGGAGAGAAACCGUAUUACUGUUCAGAAUGUGGCAUGAAUUUUUAUCAACUAAGUCAUCUCCAGCGACACCAGUGCAUUCACACUGGAGAGAAACCGUUUUACUGUUCAGAAUGUGGAAUGAAUUUUUGUCAUCAGAGUGGUCUCCAACAACACCAGCGCAUUCACACUGGAGAGAAACCGUAUCACUGCUCAGACUGUGGAAUGAGUUUUAAUCGCCAGUAUAAUCUCCGGCGACACCAGCGUAUUCACACUGGAGAGAAACUGUUUCACUGCUCAGAGUGCGGGAUGAAUUUUAUACAUCAGAGUACUCUCCAGCGACACCGGCAGGUUCACACUGAAGUGAAACCAUAUGACUGCUCAGACUGUGGAAUGAGUUUUGUUAAUCAGAGCAAAUUGAAAAGACACCAGGUCAUUCACACUGGAGAAAAAACAUAUCAAUGCCCAGACUGUGGGAAGAGUUUUAAUCGGCAGUUUAAUUUCCAGCGACACAAACGCACUCACACAUGAGAAACACUGCUCAGACUGUGGGAUGAAUUUUGAUUAUCAAAUUUGAUUAUUAGUCUCCAGUGACUGGAGAAAAAACAGCCUCAGAGUUUAGACUCUGGGAAGGAUUUUACACACCUAAAACUAUUCCAGAUAGUGUGUAUAGAGGAAAAAACUGUUGCAUAUUCCUAACAAAAUACAGUUAUGUACUAAAUGACGAGUCCAGCUUUCCGCUCAUGCACUGAAUAUAUCCUUACAAGCCAGAGAUCCUAAAGUAAAUGAGCUGCAGUCUGUCUGUAAAGCAUAAUUCUUAAGAGAUAAGGUAAUUGCAAUCAGGAAAUCAAUAUCAAGUUUGUUUACAUUAUAUUGUAUGGAAAUCAUUAAAAAGUUAUUGUAAUAUGUCAUUUAUCUGUGUUAAAUCCAUCUUUAAUUUACUGUAAUGCUAGUUUUUACCAGUAGCUGAAUUUAGACAGUCAAAAUUUGUUUGAUGGACAAAGUUGUUGAAGAAAUCUGUCAUCCAGAUGAGAACAUAACCAUUGUUUUCAAACCUAUUUGUAUUUAGGUUUAAUAGUCCAGCUGGUUUGUAAAAUAGAUAUAUAGUUAGAGAGCUCUGUAGCAUGGCAUAGCAAAGGUAUUGGGUUGGUUUAUAAGAUAAAGGGCAUAUUCAGAUUAAAGUGGAAAAAAAAUAAGGUAAAAAUGUAAAAGAUAAAUAUCCCCUGAAAAAUCCAUACUGAGUUUGAGUAGUUUUUCACUUUUAGAUGUUUAAAUUAAACCAGAUAACAAAGCUUCAGGAGGUAUUUUUUGAUAGAAAUAUUAAAAAAUGUUUUUUUAGCACACCUGCCCCUGUACUGUAAUAGUUUGUGUGUCUGACUUGAUUCGACGGGUGCUCAACACCCCUAAACCUAUGAUCUUAGAAAUCCUGCAGUUAAAAUUGAUAAAAAUCUUAGGAAUCAUUCCAAAUCCACAUUAUCACUAAAGCCACAGUGGUAGGUGCUCUGUAAUGUCACUGGGUUUGAUGAAGCUGCUCUAAUCCCUUGGCCACUGACAGCUUUAGCUGAUUUUACAACAUUUAUAGACCAACUAGGGGCAUUUUAUGUUGAAUUUGUUAAAAUAUUCUAGCAGCUUACAGUUUAGCUUCUAUUUUGGGUAAAUUUGUUUAUAGAGGGUACAUAAAGACUUUAUGUAAAUGUACUCUUUUCUUGUGCUGUUGCUACAGCCAAAGGAAUUGUGUGGAUAUUUUAACCUAAACAUCUGAAAUAAUAUAAACAAUAUGAUAUAACUUUUUACUUAUUUCUGUAAAAACUACACAACACAAUACUUGUACUUUUACUUUCAGCUUUUUUUUGGAUCUCUAAUUCUUUAUAUAUGUCAGAUUGUGACUUUCCAUCUUCCUCUUGAUUACAUUCCAGAGGUUUUUUCAAUAGACCAUAAGAAUUGGUCCAAAAAAUGAUGACUGGAGUAAGAUCAUUUUCUCUGAUGAGUCCAAUUUUGCAGCUUUGCUCAACACCUGGCCAUUAAAUGUUAAGAUGGAGACCUGCAGAUGUGUACAAGCCUAAGUUUCUUGCACCCAAUGUGAAAUUUGGAUGAAGAUCAGUGAUGAUCUGGAGAUGCUGCAGCAAGGCAAAAAUUGGGCAGUUUCAUCUUUGCGAGUGACGCAUGAAUCAAGCCCCAUACAAGGUUAUCCUGGAAAAACUUUCCAGCAAGACAAUGCUCAAUUCCACACAGCUAGAUUAACACAAUUAAAUUGUGGAUAAAUGACCACCAGAUCAAGACCCUGCCAUGGCACUGUUCUGGGACCAGUGCAUAUGAACUAGGAGACAACAAGCUAAGUGCUGGGAACCUCUCCUCAGAUAGCCAGCGCUUGCCUGUUCUACACGCCAUGAAGUCAUACACAGGCCAGAAGAUCUUUCCAUCCACUCUUUUCCUCUGUUUCAUCUUCUCACAGACUUUAGGACACUUAAGUACUGUCUGCUGUGUUCAUGAAGGACACAGUGCUGAACAACACCAUGAUAAGAACUUGUUGCUCAGGCUGGAGCGGAUCACGUCAUUGGAACUGGACAACAAACUGUUAACUGGACUCUGCUGACGUAAUCAUAGUGAUAAAUUCUGUCCAAUCACAUGUCAUUUGCAUAAAUGUAUAACUGCUUGGAUGAAGUCUGAGGAGUUCUCUCAGGCCCUCGACUGGCUUUAGUUUUUUCUCUUUCUUUCUUUCUCUCUCUCUCUCUCUCUCUCUCUCUCUCUCUCUCUCUCUCUCGGUUGUGAAUGUGUUGAUCUAUCGAGAUUUUAUUACAUGUGUUGACUCGUUGAUGUACUUUUACUCUUUUCUAAUAUAUAUCUAUUAAUUUUUGUUCCUUCUAUAUAUCUGUAAUGCUGAAACUAUUUUUCAAGUAAACUUUAAUAUAUUUUAAAUUCUAA